AUGACGUCCUCGGGGACGGCCGCGCAGCAGCUGCCGCGGACGGAGGCGCGGUCGCUGUCGGGUCACGAGGGGGCGGUGCUGGCCGUGCGGUUCAACCGGGACGGCAACUACUGCCUGAGCUGCGGCAAGGACCGCACGCUCCGCCUCUGGAACCCUCACACCGGCGCCCUCGUCAAGACCUACAAGUCCCACGCCCGCGAGGUCCGCGAUGUGCACUCUUCCUCGGAUAACGCGAAACUGGUGUCCUGCGGCGCCGACAGACAGAUCUUCUAUUGGGACGUCGCCUCGGCCCGCGUCAUCCGCAAGUUCCGCGGUCACAACAGCGAGGUCAAUUCAGUGAAGUUUAAUGAGUACAACGCUGUUGUAGUCUCAGCUGGUUAUGACCGUACGGUGCGUGCAUUUGACUGCAGGUCACAAAGCAGCGACCCUAUUCAGACAAUUGAUACUUUUCAAGAUAGUGUAAUGUCAGUUAACCUAACAAAGACAGAAAUAAUUGCUGGCAGUGUUGAUGGUACUGUCCGGGCAUUUGACAUUCGCAUGGGUAGGGAGACUGUUGAUAAUCUGGGGCAUCCUGUGAACUGUGUAUCAUUAUCAAAUGACAGCAAUUGCCUUUUAGCUAACUGUUUAGAUUCUACUGUGCGGCUUCUAGACAAGUCAUCUGGAGAACUGUUACAGGAGUAUAAGGGACAUACGUGCAAGUCCUUCAAGAUGGAUUCCUGUCUGACGAAUGAUGAUGCAUUUGUUGUUGGCGGAUCUGAAGAUGGUUAUAUUUUCUUCUGGGAGUUAGUGGAUGCACCUGUUGUUGCAAGAUUCAGGGCACAUAGUUCUGUGGUAACUAGCAUCAGUUACCACCCAACGAAGGCCUGCAUGUUGACAUCUUCUGUGGAUGGCUCUAUUCGUGUUUGGACCUGA